CAACCAACACGCAUACUCGUAUUAAGGGCAAAGAUAGUUUUUGUUAUCAAUAAUAACAGUAGUAACGAAUUAGUUCUAAUGUCUAAUUUAGCAAUAUACUUGUUUGUUAUCAAAUUAAUUCUGUCAUUGGAUGCUGCUCCGCAAGUUUUAGAUCAAUUACAGAAUGGUUUGGACUACUAUAGCUAUGAAGGAUUAGAAGACGAGACUGAAAAAGUAUCAAUAAAAAUAUACUACGAAUGCUUGUGCCCGGACUGCCGACGCUUCGACAGCGAACAGCUGGUGCCUGUGAUGAGGACACUCACGGACCACCUCGACAUACAGACAUUCCCUUAUGGUAAUGCUAAGACGGAGGAGCACGACGGCAAGCCGACAUUCACGUGCCAGCACGGGCCGGCCGAGUGCUACGGCAACAAGCUGCACGCGUGCGCGCUGGACCUGCUGCGGAACCACUCGCAGGCGCUGCUGGUCAACGCGUGCAUGAUGGACCCCUCACAGGCCGGCCGCGGCUCCGAUGACCAGGCUCUAGAUGUGUGCGGCAAAGCGAUGGGCUUCGACACGGCUCCCAUCAAGCACUGCGCCACCUCAGACCGCGGCACGCAGCUGCUGGAACACUACGGGGAGGAGAGCGGGAAGGUGGGCUACGACUACGUGCCCUACGUGCUGAUCAACAACAAGGUGCUGGACCCUGACUGCUCGGACCUGCUGAAGGUCGUGUGCGACGCGUUUGUGGCGCCGCCGCGGGAGUGCCGGGCGUAUGCGCGCGAGUUGCUCGAGCGUGGUGGCAGUGGAGGUGGCUACGCCCGGUAUGCCGGCUGCGCUAGCUAGAGAGUAAUUGACAUUUUGUAUUAAAAAUAUAUAUAUUGUAUAAGCUGCCGUUGUACGCUUUUAAAAUCAUGUUUUUUUAUUCACAAUAUAAUUUAAUCCGUC